AUGGCGCCAGACCACCUGACCGACUUGUUCGAAACAUUCUCUACACUCCGGAAGUAUGGCCUGUGGCUAAAUCCGGCAAAGUGCGCGUUCGACGUCAGUUCGGGAAGGUUCCUCAGAUUCAUCGUGCAUGAAAGAGGAAUCAACGUGAAUCCGAAAAAGGUUCAGGCGAUAAUCUAUAUGCAGGCCCCUCGAACAGUCAAGGACCUGCAGCGACUAAACGGACAAUUUGCUGCCUUAUCCCGAUUUCUGUCUCGGUCCGGUGAUCGUUGCCUCCCCUUCUUCCGGGCGUUAAAAAACCCCAAGGACUUCCGGUGGACGGUGCAGUGUGAAGAGGCUUUUGGACAAGUCAAGCGGUACCUGACCAACCUUCCCCGCCUUGCUUCGGUCAUUCUCGGGGAAAAGCUCAGUGUUUACUUGGCCGCCUCCCAGCACGCGGUCAGCUCCGUCCUAACCAAAGAAGUUUCCGGGGAGCAACUACCGGUCUACUACGUCAGCCACGUCCUGAACGGACUCGAGGAGCGGUAUCUGCCACUCGUAAAGCUCGCUUUGGUGCUCGUGCUGGCACCCCGGAAAUUACGCCCUUACUUCCAGGCUCACAUGAUUGAGGUAAUCAUUGACCAGCCGCUCCGGCAGGUUUUGUCUAAGUUUGAUGUCGCAGGUCGACUCCUCAAGUGGUCGGUAGAACUCGGAGAGUUCGACAUACAUUACGUUCCAAGGACUGCCAUCAAGACCCAGUCCGUAGCCGACUUCAUCGCGGAACUGGCCGAUAGCGGGAAUGGAAGCCCCGAGCAGACAGAGGAGGCAUGGGAAUUGCACGUGGACGGCUCGGUUACCUCCAGCAGCGCCGGCGCGGGGUUGGUACUCUCAGCUCCCGACAGACGCUCGUUUGAACACUCCCUCCGCUUCGGGUUCCGGGCCACCAACAAUGAAGCCGAAUACGAGGCACUCCUGGCAGGACUCAAGCUGGCCCUUGAAAUGCAGGUGGACGUCAUCCACGUCUUCACUGACUCGCAGCUCAUCGCCGAGCAACUUGGCGAUGGGUACGAAGCCAGAGAACCAACCAUGGCAAGGUACCUGGCAGAGGUAAAAAGCCUAGCCUCCAACUUCUCCCGCUUCACGUUAUCUAAGGUGUCGAGGAACCAAAAUGAACGAGCCGACGAAUUGGCGAAGAUGGCUUCGGGACUGGACCAUGGAAACCGCUCCGGGGUCAAAGAUCUCCCAUUUCGAACCAUCUUAGUUUCGUCUAUAGCUCCGAACGAAGCGCGCACCAUGUGGGUACAGGAGAUGCUGCUCUUCAAACGCAACGGGGUCCUUCUCGACGACGAAGCUGCGACGCGCCGCAUUCGCCGAACGCAAGCAUGGUAUUCUGAGGUGAACAGACGGCUCUACAAACGGUCCUUCUCACAGCCCCUGCUGCGAUGCCUCGAGCCUGGCGAAGCGAAGGCAGUACUCACCGAGGUCCACGAGGGGAUCUGCGGGGAGCAUAUUGCUGCUCGAACCUUGGCCUACAAAAUCCUUCGUCAAGGAUACUACUGGCCCACCAUGUCCCAAGACGCUAGAACCUACGUGCAGCGGUGCGGGCCCUGCCAGUGGUAUGCCCGAACGCCCAGGCAACCGGCGGUCCCCCUGUCCCCCAUCGACUGCGCAUGGCCAUUCGCUCAGUGGGGAUUGGACCUCCUCGGCCCUUUCCACCGGCCUCGGGGCAACGACGAUACAUCGUCGUGGGCGUGGAUUACUUCACCAAAUGGACCGAAGCCGAGCCACUAG